UCUCAUACUUUCAGUGCCAAGAGAGCGAAUAAUGCGAUGGGAACUGGCGAGGAAAAAUCCAGUUCUGGUUAUUUCACCUGUUGCUGUUUUUAAUCAAAUCCAGAUUUUUCUGAUGCUGAUUUGCUACGAUGAAGCCGUUUCUACGUGCUUGUGUAAUGUUCGCGGUGUUGUUGCAGCAGAGCCACACGCAAACUGCUGUACCUGACACAGUGCUGAACUGCUGUGAAGGGGACAUUCUCCUCUUGCUGGACUCUUCAGGAAGUGUGUCAUCCUACGAGUUCUCGCGCCUACUGCUCUUCCUCACCGAGCUGCUGCGACCCUUUUCUCUGGGAGAGGGGCACGUGAGAGUUGGGCUGCUGCAGGUGGGCACAAGUCCUCACUUAGAAUUUGGCCUGGAUGUCCACGACAGUCAAGCAAAUCUGCAGAAAGCUCUGCGCAGCACCAGGCAGCUCCAGGGAGACACCAACACAGAAGCCGCCCUCAGGCUCGCCCAGCAGCUCCUCACGAGAACAGAGGCAGAGCGGCCGAAGGUACUCCUGUGGCUGACUGACGGUGUACAGCCAGGAGACGUGGACGGGCCGAUGUCGGAGCUGAAGAGGAAGGGCGUGGCUGUGCUGGCUGUGUCUACAGGACAUGGGAACUACCAGGUGCUGCGGCGAGCUGUGACACCACCUACUGAGUCCCACCUCUACUUUGUGGACAUAGACGACAUCAGCAUCAUCACGGAGGACCUGAGGGAGGCCAUCAUCGAAAUUAUUCGUGCAGAACGGCUGCGUGUGGUACAUCUGUCUUCCCAUAGUGCUGUACUGCAGUGGCGUCCUGUCCUGAGUGCGGACAGCGGCUACUAUGAACUGCGGUACAGCUGUGUGCGCAGAAUGGAGGGGAGCACACAUCCUGACUCGGUGGCCGGCUGUAGCCCCGGGCAGUACCACAAACGCACCCUGCCAGGAGACUCCAGCUGGGAGGAGCUGACCAACCUGCAGCCGGACACAACGUACACAGCUUCCCUCAGCCCAGAGUCCAACCAGGAGAUCUUUAACACGCUCACUGUUAGCUUCACCACACUUCCUGAGGUGUUAAGCCCGGCUGUGGUGUCCGUGUCCGACUCGGGCCCUCGUCAGGUGCGUGUGAGCUGGGGUCCCCUGCAGCCGGCACGGGUGCAGAGGUACACUGUAGAGUAUGGAGCUAUCCCGAGGGGGCGGGUCCACACCGUGACGUUACACAGCCACCAGAACUCUACGCUGCUGACGGGCCUGGAGCCAGACACUCAGUACCUGGUCACAGUCAGCGCCCUGCAUGUGACGGGCAAGGAGAGAGCCAUGUCUGUUAAAGCAUGCACUCAGGAGGUGCUCCCCGCCCUAGUCGACCUCCAGCUGACCCCCGUGGGGCGAGAGGCCAUGCAGGUCAAGUGGCAGGGCCACAGGAAGGACCUGAGAGGCUACUGGCUCAGCUGGGAGAAGGAAAACACCCAGAGCUCCUCAAAGUCCUCGUCCUCUUCCAUGUACCUGCCCCCCAGUUCUCUUUCAGCGCAACUCACACACCUCUCCCUAAGCAGCCGAGUGUGUGUGUCCCCAGUCUACAGCUCAGGCCGAGGAGACGGGAUUUGUUGUACUGCAGAGGCACGGACAGAUUCCAGGCACUGGGGUUAACAAUGAGAGUCUGGCAGCUGAUGCAGAGAAAAUUGUUUUCUACAUCCCACUCAGAAAAACUUCCUUUCCUGCCUCCAAACAAAACUCUGAGUCUGUGAGCCAUGCCACAUUAAAAUGUGACACAGGGCAGACUGACAGACCAUUGACUGAAGAGGAUAUAGGACAGAGUGGCCUUGACAACCCAACAACUUUCUAUCAGCCUUUUUCAAGCUGGAAAAGUGGGAUGUCUGGGUGCUGACACGUUGUGUAUUCGGGGUGAGCAGUUGCCUGACCCUUAGUGGGGCCCACAAAGCAGUAAAAUCCAGCCCACAUUACUUUUUAUGGUCAGACAGCUCAUCCUUAUGUAGCUGGCACUGCUGGCAGGUAGCAAAGAACAGGAUGUACGGAAAUUCACUAAAAUGUCAUCCAUAUCAUGUAUCAUAUCAUAUUACAGUUACUUAAAAAUUACCUUAAGGGGAGACGUUAGAGGAAAUUAAAUCGGCUCAUGGGGAGAUAAGACAUUAUAUAAAAAAUACUUUGCAUCAGCACACAGAAGUUGCGCCUUAGUCCCAUUUAUUUAAAUUGAGGUGUUUGAAAUUUCAAGUUGUUGUGCAGCAAGCCGGGAGAGGACAGCAGACAUAUCGUCUCUGACAGUCUUCCCAUUGGCUUCAAAAGCCACUGUUUCAUCUUCGAGUGAUAGAGCAGUAUGAUGUGGAAUAUUUCAGAUACAUUUCAUUGACCUAUGAUGACCAUAUAAUCAGAUUGUUAUAGCUCAAUCUGUCCAUACGAUACAUUGCACAGUUUACACACACAAUUAUAAAUGUGUUUACUGUGUAGCCGAUCACAUUUUGGUCUGAAAGUGUAUUUUUUGUGGACAGGCAAGUUUUGAUAACUCAGUGUUCAUUGUACAGUGAUUAUUGUGAAUAUGUACUGUGAAUUAUGUUUCAGAUGUUUUAUAUUCAGGUGUUUUCUUUGUAACUUAAUGUAUGAAGCACCUGGUAAAAUGUUUUUCUAGGCCAUUUUACAGGGAGAGGGAGAUAAUAUGUUCCUAAAAGAUACCAAAAUAACAUUGCUGGGAAACUAAACACUUUCACACAGUGCCUUAUCUGAACAUUGACCCCAUUUGGUUAUCCAUUAGAUUUUUAAAAAUCAGUAUGGGCAUAAGACAUCUAAAAAUAUGCUCCAUAGAUGUACUUUGCCCCUUGUUCAAUUAGAAACAAGACAAGGCAACGUCAUCUGAUGGUUUGGUGCCAUCUAGUGGUUGUUGAUUGUAAUCAGAAGUUGCAGUUUAAAUUAUUAAACUGUGCAUCCACUCAGUGGUUUCAAACAGUGAACUCAACUAUUCUCAACUAUUAUCAGUAGUAGUUUAAAUCCAGAUUAUCCUAUUUAUAAUCACUAAUAUACAGUUUACUUUGUUCAACCAUAAUCUUUAUUCAUAUGCAGAUUAACAAGCAAGCCAGAUGAUUAGGAGUUACAAAAUGUGAUCAUUCUGUAACUGUCCUGAACUUAUACAUUAAAAUUGAACAAGGGAAAUGUUGAUUGAUUCCUUUGUGACUUUUGAAAAACAAUCCUGUAUUAGCCUCUGUGGCAAAACACUUAUGUUAAUGGGUGUUUUGUAAAAACAUGUCAAUUGACGAGACUUUUUUCCAAAUCAUUGUAUUCAUUAAAACAUGUAA